AGGAGCAGGAUCCAGCUCUCCAGACUCUCUGUCUUCCUGUGCUGCACCUAACAGAGGCGCACCCUGGGAGAGCAACGCGUCUCCAUAGCAACCGGACAGUCAGGGCGCGGAGAUGAGGAGCGGGGCGGGGCUAGGCGGCCCGGGGGCGGAGCUCAGUCUGUCCGGGGCGGGGCGCGGGCGGUCCCAAAUCUCCAGUCCACACAGAGGAUUGCGCUUAGGCGGCAGGUGGAGAGUUCGCGCCCUGGGUAGCUGGAGCUUCUACCUGGAAUGGAGGAAGGAGAUGUCUCCGGUUCAUCCGUGCUGUCUGGGGUGACUGAUGGGCAGAACACGACAACAGACACAAACUCUGAGGUCCACCCGAAGCCCCUUGUGCUCAGGCUCCUGCAGGUGGAGAACGAGCUUGAGGGCGAAGAGGCCGAAGUGGGUGAGGAGGAAAGACAAGAAGAGGACAUUGAGGAUGACGAGUUCUCCGAGUCCGCUGAACUCUCCAAGACUCACAAAUCCCAUGAGGCCUCCACAUCCUCCAAGUCCCGCAAGGCCAGCGAGUCCCUCCAGGCUCGAAAGGCCAGCGAUCCUUCGCAGUCCCGCAAGGCCAGCAAUCUUUCCCAGUCCCGCAAGAUCAGCGAUCCUUCCCAGUCCCGCAAGGCCAGCGAUCCUCUCCAGCCCCGUAAGGCCAGCGAUUCCCGUCAGGCCCGCAAGGGCAGUGAACCCCUCCAGACCCGCAAGGGCAGUGAGCCUCUUCAGUCACCGCAGGUCCACGCGGGUGGAAAAGGCGACUUGCUUCCGAACGCGGUGAUUACGACCUCCCCAUCGUUGAUAGCCAGAUACCUGCCACGGCUCCAGCUGGCUUCCUUGAGCGAACACCCUGUUACUCGUGACCGUAUAAGGAAAUGUUUUUUUUCUAGAAAGCGAAUUGAAGAUCUUUCCAAACCAAAAAAGCAAUGGGGAACUCCGGACAGAAGAUUGUUUUGGGGAAAUCAAGAUCCUAUUCGCCCUAUUUCUGAGACUGCUUUGAAGGCUCAGCUGACCAAGAGACUUGAGGACCUUGCUCAGCCCAAGCUGGUCUCCCGACACUAUGUCCCUAACAGGGCUCAGUAUUACUACAGCUGCGGAAGACAGUCUGUAAUUUGGGAGAUCCCUCCUCCUGCGCUGUUUACUCGGCCUUCUAAACGGAUCCAGAGGCUGGCAAUACCUAACAGAUUCAAAACGCAGUGUCUGCUAGAUAGCGAAGACUUACCUCCGCCAGGGACUUUGCGUUUCUCUGCUCCGUCUGCCCGGAUUCUGCAGCUCUCCGUAGCCAAAGGCCCAGAUCCCAACUACGUUCCUCCAAAAAGCAUUGAAACCAAGAUCUCCUUCUCUACCCUGAGUGCUGUUGCAAGCCCCAGGAUUGUAGACCUUGCCCACCCGAGGAUCAAGAUAGAGGGUCUAUGCUAUGAGAGAGAAAAGAGUGAAUUGCCCAUCCGUCCCAUAUCCCCUGCUGCCCUGCUUGCCAAACCUACUAGCCGAACAAUAACCCUAGCCAAGUCCAAACCUGUUCAUGAAGAUUAUCUCCCUGUCCGAGAUGCCCGAUGGCCUGUGUCUUAUGCUGCUACCCAUCCUCGGGUGUCUAACAGAAUCCAGGAGCUAGCUAAUCCACCCCCAAGGGCUUCAGUGCAUGUCGUAUUCUACGACCCAGACGUCUUUAAAGUCAAGCCUGCUGCUUUGAAAGCGCAGUGUUCUGCCAGGGUCAUGGAGCUGGCGGAACCCAUCAUGCGCUAACUGCAGCAAGCCACCCGAGGCAGACACGAG